AUUUAUUGCUGAUGCUACUUUCAGGGGCGUAAAUAACGUGUUUAUAAAAACAAUCAAAAAUUCAAAUUAUUUAUUUAAAAAUAAAGUAGAUUGCACUAUGGUGAGAGAGGAAGAUUUACCAAUUGAUAUAUAUUAUAACAAGCUUCAAGAUUGGUUAAUUGAUAGACGCCACUGCAACACAAAAUGGCAAGAUCAGGCUUCUUCCAUCCGGGAGAAAAUAAAUACAGCAAUACAAGAUAUGCCCCCUAACGAAGAAAUCACUCACCUGCUUUCUGGAACCUAUAUCAAUUAUUUUCAUUGUAAAAGAAUAAUUGAGUUACUAAAAGACUGUGGGGAGGGGAGUACAAAUUUCUUUGGACAGUACUCAUCAAAAAGAAUGAAGGAUUGGCAAGAGAUUAUUCAGCUGUAUGUUCAAGAUAAUGUGUACUUAGCUGAAGCUGCACACAUGCUGAUGAGAAAUGUAAAUUUCGAAAUACCAGCUUUAAAACGACAAAUUGGUAAAUCCCAGCAAACACAAAGGGAAUGUGUUAGAAAAGAAAAUGAUUGCAAAGCGAACUCUUUGCUUUUCAAAGACAAAUACCUGCAUGUCUGUAAGCAAAUGGGGAUCACAGGUGAUAACCCUCGGAAAGAAUUGGUGCAGUUAGUGGAUAAACUUCCAGAAAUUUUCAUGGAAAUUGCGGAGAAAGUAAAAAGUUUAGAUGAAGUGAUAACAUAUUAUCGUUCAUUUGUCAAAUUUGUUGUCCACAAUAAAACCACAGAAAUAAAUGAUAUUACACCGCUGCUGAAAUUUGUAAUAGACAGUGGUAAUGCGACAGUGUAUCAGUGGAAAACAGGAGAAGUUCCUUCUAAAGUGGAAGAAAAUAUUCAGAAGGUUGAUUUAGAAGCUAUGGCACAAAUAUCUGAUCAAGAUGUCACUGCUGACCAAGAAGAUAUUGACUGGGGAGCAGACGAUGGUGCGAUUGAUUAUGGAGAUGCUGACAUAGAUUAUGGAGAAAUUGACUAUGGAGAUCUAGGAGAAAAUGAUGGAGAUAAUAUCGACAUAUCAAUAUCAGCCAUAACCAUUGAAGAUGCUGGCCUGGAGAAUCCAGAAGGCGGAGUGGCAACCGGGGAAGAAGCACGGUCUGUUUUAGAAAACACAGCAACGAGGAAUGUUUUUAUUGACGAGCUGAUGGAGGUGGAAGCAUUUUUAGAGCAACGAAUAAUUGAAAUGAGCUCCGAAGCGGAUAUGAUUACUGUGAAUCAGCUACAAUCAGCUCCUGAAAUUAUACAAUACCAAAAUAAACAGAAGUUGCAAAGUAUGUUGGGUAAAGUGUCUUCUUUUAUACGAGAACUGACAACUAUGAAAAUGCAGAAUCUUUAUCUUAUCCAAAACUCACCGAGAUAUGUGGAUCGAAUUGUGGAAUCGUUAGAACAGAAAUUAAAAAUCUCGAAGAACUUGCUGCAUCAGGUAGAAGCGUUGCAACAACGACACAAAAACGCUGUAGAACUUCAAUUUGAGACGGAACCAAAACACGAAAAUUUAGUGAAAAAGACCAAAUUGUUGCAAAAACAGAUUGAAGAAGAAAUAUCGCGACGAUAUAAAAAUCGGAAGGUGAAUGUUAUGGGUGAAAUCAACACAAUAUAAAUAAAUUUUUACAGUUAUUUAAUUUAAGAGAAUAUUUCACUAUCAAA